AGUAUGCAGUUCUCUCUCGCGCUUGACACCGGUAGCUGCUUCACUCCCUCCAUUCAUUUCAUUCGCACACAGUCGCAUCCUCGCAGCGAGCCCUCCUCCCCUCCUGUUCCUCUCCGCCUGGAAAGAUGGCUGCUCCGGUGGUGGUGAGUAGCUCCGGCCCGGCGCUCUGCCCGAGCUUCGCGGAGGUCUGUUCGUUCCUGGAGCGGUACGGAGCGGCGCUGGAUCUGCCCGAGAUGACUUUCCCGCAGAUGGAGAGGUAUCUGCGGGACACCACGACAGUUCCCAAACCUCUCGUGGAGCUCCAUGUGAAGCUGCUCAGAAAACUGGGGAGGUCUGUGACUACUGACCGCUGGGAGAAAUAUCUUGCUAAGGUUUGCCAGGAAUUGAACAACACCUGGGCAUGGGAGCUGGAACAGAAGGGCUACCAGGAGAUGUCCAUGGAGUGCAAAUCAAGCAUCCUCAAAUAUCUCUGCGAGUGUCAGUUCGAUGACAACUUAAAGUUCAAGAUGGUGAUCAACGAGGAGGACCCAGAGAAGAUGCGUCUGCAGCCCUUAGGUCGGGACCGGCAGGGUCUGAUGUACUGGCUUCAGCUGGACCAGGAGCAGAACAUCCGGCUGUACACAGAGGAGCAGGAUGAUCUGGAUGGAUCCACCUGGAAGUGCAUCGUCAGGACACGAAAUGACCUUGCUGACGCUCUGGAGCUGCUGAAGUCGCAGCUUGAUCCAAACCCGAAUCAGGAUCAGAACCAGGACCAGAACCAGGACCAGAACCAGACUGUAACCAGGAGUACCAGCCCCACAGACAAAGAUGCAGGCGAUGAGGCUGUUCAGAGCACCAACCCAGAACCCUGCAAAGACACAGAAGAACACACUGGUAGUAAAAAGGAUGAUGCUGUGAAUGAAGAGAAACCCCUGACACAAGUGGUAAAGCAGGAGCCCACACAGUCUCUGAAGCAGGAGAACACAGAAGCCGAGGUGAAAGAAGACAAGACGGACCAAAAAGCGCCUGUGUUUGAUAACCGCGUGAGCACCAUCACCACCGUCAUUAAAUCAGAAUCCAGGGACGCUGAGGCUCCGAGAAACGCCGUGUCUGUGGUCAUAACACCUGGAGCGCCUCUGACCAAACAGGAAGUGAACAAGGAGGAGGAAGCAGAGCGAGCAGUCGUCAGGAGCAGCCAGCAGGCGAAGAUACCACUGAAGAAGAGGGAGCUGAAGCUAGCCGAGAGCUUCCACAGCAACCACCUUAACAACAGCAACAGUAGUAGUAUUAUUGUAUGUAACCCCUCGGUGAUACAGACCAAAGACAGUCACGGUAGAGAGGGGAAGUUACCCGACUCGUUAGCGCCGCCUGGAGGUCCGGCUGCCUCACAACUACAGCAGCAACAAGUGGUCACUGAGUCCAGGCAAGAGCUGACCAACGGCAGAACGUCUGUCCUCCUGCCACACAAAGAGGGACAGAACGGAGUCAUAGGGGUCAUAGGUCAAGUUGUAGGUCACGUAGGUGUAAUCCGCAGCCCGUCAGAGCUUCACAGGGCGCCCUGUGCUGCUGAGCAACAGGAGCAGAACGGGCCAACUAUGGACCACCAGGGCUUCAGAGCCGCGGAGGAGGGCCGGCAGUCAGUGCUAAGAAAGGGACCAGUUGAAGGAGAGACGGCAACAACAAUCAGCAGUCCUCCUCCUCCUCAUGUGCCGAUGGAGGCGACCAAGCUGCCGUUGAUUUUGUUAAAGUCUGAUCAACUCCCAGGAAGUAUCGAGGGAAAAGUUUGUUCUGUUCGUGUUCCCUCGCUUCCUGAGUCCACAGAGGCGCUCAGAAGACAGACGGCAGAAGGCAAGGAUGAAAAAGUGACAGAGGAGCCGUCAGAGAGGGGGGUGAAAACUGUGCCUCAGCAGAAAGAUGAUGGCCUGGAUGAGACGGACAGUGGAGCGAGAAAAGUGUCCGAGUGCUCCGCGGCAGAAGAAGGAAUUACAGCUGACCAGGAAAAAAAUAAAAGCACUUUAGGAAAGUUGCAGACGGAGUCAGAGAGUACGGCUCCACCUCUAAAAGUAGACCAGCAGGAUAAAAAGGACCAGGAAGAGGCCGUCAACGGAGCGGUGGCAGCCCCGUGUAAGGGGAAGGACACUAAGCCUGGAACCGAGCAGAAGCAGGGUCCCCUCGAGGAGGCCUCCUCUGAGCUCCAGAAAGAAGGAAUCAGGUUGAAGAUCAAGAUUCCUCCCCAUCGGAGAAACAAGAUGAGGGGGAAAGGAGUGAAGGAGGAGCAGAAAGAGAAGGAGCAGGAGGAAGGGGAGCAGGAGGAAGGGAGGUCACUGAGGAGGUCUGCACGGAUUUGUAGAUCAUCUGCUUUGCCAAACUGCAGGCCGAGCUCGAAGGCGGCCGAGAGCCAGAGUAAGAAACCUGAAAAAAAAAAGGCAAAGCCGACCAGAGCAAGGGAAGAAGAAGAGGGGGAGGAAGAAGAGGAAGAUGAUGAAGAGGGCAAAGGCUUAUCUGCUAAAAAAGACAUAAAAACAGAACCUGUUGGUCCAAUUAGGAAACAACGGGGUAAACGGAGGCAUCGGCGCCCCAGGUGGUCCAACAUUCGUUUGAAGAGACGCAAACUGAACGAGGGAGGGGAGGUGGAGGACAGAGGGAGGAAACGAGGGGAGGAAGAGAGCGAAGGAGCGAGUGACUCAGGGGAGUCAUGUAAAUCAGAACAGAUUCCCAUGGAGGAUGCCUGCAGUCACUGCGGCCUGCCCAACCACCCCGAACUGAUCCUGCUGUGUGACUCUUGUGACAACGGAUACCACACCGCGUGUCUGCGGCCGCCGCUCAUGUUGAUUCCAGAUGGAGAGUGGUUCUGUCCCCCCUGCCAGCAUAAGCAGCUGUGUGAGAAACUGGAGGAGCACCUGCUGAAUCUGGACAGCGCUCUGAAGAAAAGAGAGAGAGCUGAGAGGAGGAGGGAGCGGCUGGUUUACGUGGGGAUCAGUGUGGAAAACAUCAUUCCUGCGGGAGACGAGGAGGAGGAAGAGGAGAAGUCGGCGAAGAAGAAAGAUCCCAAAAAGAGCAAAAAUCUGGGGAGGAGGUCGACCAGGACCAGGAAGCACAUCAGCUACAGGUUUGAUGACUUUGACGAUGCGAUUGAUGAGGCUAUCGAGGAGGACAUCGGGGAAAUAUGUAGCGGAGGAGCAGGACGAGGGAGACCCAUCACUACUAUCCUGUCAACAGAGGGGAAGGAGAGCCAGCGACCGCUCAGAGGCCAGGCUCUGUCUGCCAGGAACAGGAAGAGACGCCGGCUGAAUGACCUGGAGAGUGACAGCACUGCGGUGGAGAGUGAAGACGAGUUCUUGAUCAGUAACAGCUCGGAGGACGAGGAUUUCGGUGCGUCAGGUGGAGAAGAAGAAGAGGAAGAGGAAGAUAUGGGUAGUGAUGCAGGCAGCCUGGAAAGCGGGACCCGGCCCAGACGGGGGCCGAAAAGUGUUCCCAAACACCGACUGAUCAAGAGCCAACGCAGGGGCAGGAAACGGCUGAGACGACGGCGGAGACGUUCCUCUGAGGAAGAGGAGGAGGAGAGCGAUGAAGAAAACUCAGAUCAGUACAGCGACAUGACUGACAGCAAUGAGGAGAAAAAGAGGCGGGGUCUCCGGCGGGGCCAACGCCAGCAGGUCAACUACCGCGAGACAUCUGAGUCAUCAGACAACUCCCGGACCUCCACCACCAGAGUGAAGGUUAAACCCCGAGGCAGACCACGCAAAGAGCAUCUCUCCAGCGACUACAGCGAUGUGUCGGGUUCUUCCAAAGAGUCUGAGGAGGAGGAAGACUACGAGGACGAAGACGACGACGACCAGAGGAGGAGAGCGAACAGGAGGAGAAGAGAGGAGGAAGGCCUGCGGAGAAACAGGACGCGAGGAAAGAAGAGGAGAUACGAAGACGACGAGAAGGAGCGCGACAGAGAGAGAGGGAGGCGGCUGAAAAGGAAGCGGUUGGAGAAGGAGGACACAGACAGACGGAGGAGGUUAAAAAGGACUGAUGAGGAAGAGGAGGAUCCGGAGAAGAUGGGCAGAGGUAAGAGGAGAGAGAUCCUGAUACAGAAGAGACGCCAACGGCUCGCUCAGAUGCUGAAGAAACGGCGGCCUUCCACGGAGGAAGACGACGACGACGAGUCGGAGGAUUCCGAGUCUUCAUCAGAAGAAGAUCGCCCAAUCCGCAAAAGACUCAACCGCAUUGACUCUGACGAUGACGAAGAAGGAGAAGAAGAAGAGGAGGAGGAGGAAGAAGAGGAGGAGGGGAGACAGAAGAUGAAGAGGUCAUCAGCGGGGGAGAGGAGGGCAGAAAACAAAAAUGACAGUGACGCUCAGGAAAAGGGGAGGGGCCGGAGCCUGUCCCCGUCAAACGAACAUCGGACCUCCAGAGGCCCGGCCAAGCCCGGGACUGGAGGUCCUGCUGUGCCCAGGGACAGUGCAGCACCAGGCAGGCAGGGCAAACACAACGGCCCCCUACAUCCGGAGGGGAAGGAGGAGGAUGAUGAAGAGGAGGAAGAAGAGGGGGAGGAAGAGGAGGAGGAGGGUCAGACAGACUCAUUAAACUCUGUCCAGAACAGUCCUCAGUCAUGAUGGCUGUGUUUGUGUGAGUAACGCUUGCUUCUUCGUUUCUGUUUUUCUUUUUACUGUCAGGCCUUUUCAAAACCUAAAGAACCGCUCUUCCUCCCCCUGUCUUGCUUCUCUUCCUCGCCGUCGUAUCGUGGUAGAGUGCUCUCCACCAUCGCAAAACACAAACUCAUCAUGACUGACACUCAUCGUCACCUUUUGGCAGAACGGACCAAAAGCAGCAUCACAAACCAGGACUUGUCGGCACGUCAUGUUUCUGUGGACGCACUCGCACAGCCGGAGUUUAACCUGACAGUUUUUGUUUCCUGAACUCUGGAGUCACGGCCGUCUGUCCGUCUGUGUGACUGACGGGUCCGUGUGGCUGGAUCAGUUCAGAUUCACCCAGUUUAAGGCCUGAUGGAGCGGGCACAGGAGUCUGUAUGUAGUGAACCUCAUAAUAAAGCACUUCGUCAUUCUCAUAGCACUUAAAAACCCACGGCAGAGGAGACUGUCAGAGUCCACCUGAACACUGCGGAGCAUGUGAUCCUGAUGUUAGGGAGGCCAGACGUGAUUCUCAGAACAACAAGAAAACCACUCGAAGCAUCGUCCCACUUACUUUUAGACAUUUACAUCAAAACACAAGAUGUAGGCUCUGAUUUUAGAUCAUGAUACAACAAAUUAAAUGCUCACAUUAUCAGGAGGAAGUACUUCAAGGAAUUAAAAUAAACAUUUGAAGGUUUAAAGUUUAAAUUAAAAGAUAGUAACUGACAGGGUGUAGCCUUUUUUUACUGUUUCAAGCAUUUUAUAGAGAAAACACGAAGUCUGAUAAAAGAAGAAUAAACCAGAGAUUACGUCUUGAUGAAAGUCUGUAAUAUUUCAGUACUAUAAUAUAAAUUUGUGACGCUUACAAAUCAUUUUAAUGAGCAUUUUCUUGCUCCAAACUUGAACAGUGAAAUCCUCCAACUUGUUUUAAGGUACAAAAAUUGACUUAACUGUUUCAUAACUUUACAUCAAAGUUUGAAGCAUUUAUCAGAGGUUAGGAACUGACACCAAGCUGCAAAGGAAGCGGCACCUUUGUUCACUUCAUUUCAAGAAAGAAAGAAAGACAGAAGGGAUGUUCCCAAGCGACUAAUUUCCCAGACGGUUAAUCUGGAAUUUAAUCACAUUCAGAAACUCUCAGAAAACAGUCAAAACUUACCACAGAGCUUAACUCUGCUCAAAAACACACUGUGUGUAACCUAUUGGGUGUUUCAACAGAUUAAAUGUAAGGCUUAUUUCAACACAGCUGAAAAGAGAGGUGCUUUAAUAACACGUCACGUUAAAACGUGUAAAAUAUGACCAAUAAUAUUAAAAUAAAAGACGACAAUUCACACUGAAAUGAAAAAUCAAGAAACUUCUCAUCAAAACGGACCUUUUUUUUAUAAUUAGUAAUUUUAUUGAGUUUUUUCUUUUUUUUAAACAAGGAUAAUGAACAUCAAAGACAGCAAAUAAAAUAGACAACAUCAAUAAAAUAAGUAAAAAUGCAAAUAAAUGUAACAAAACAGAACAAAUAAAAAUAAUAAUAAUAAAUAAAUACAAAAUAAAAUAAAAUAGGUUGGCAGGACAAAGUGGGCAUUUACAUUUACAUUUCCAUAUUAAGGGUAAUUACUGUACAUUCUUCACAGGGUAAUGUUGCUCCCCCUAAUCUUAAAGUCACUGAAGAUAUCCCGUUGUUCUUUAAUCAUAUUGUUUCUGGAGUUUAAUUUCCCUAACAUCUUCUCACAUGCAGCAAUUCCUGUCAUCUGCAACUAGGCCUUUUAUGUGGUUAAAUAAUGGCGUGUUGUUGUGAACCAGCUUUAAACAGCAAGCACACACACACACACACACACACACACUGUAUUUACUCGACUGUUGAAAUAUGUUGUUAUCAUGAGCCUUAGUUUAUAAAAAUAUUAAUAAUUCAUUAACAAACUCGUACAUCUGGCAGAGUAGUGAACAGUUUAAUCGACUACACUUGUGCCACAUUUCCAACGGCCAUACUCGGUGUCACAGUCCCAGCAGCCGUUGCUAGUUCGACUUCCGCCCGUUAGCAUGUCGGUCUUCCCCCACUCUUUACUCCCACAUUUCCGGUCUCUUUUCAGCUUUUCUAUCCAAUAAAAAGCCCAAAAAUACAACUUUAAAGAACAUUUGUCCUCUACAUGCAGCCUCAGGAGCCUUCCCCGUGUUCUCAGUGUUUAGAAUAUUUCAUUUCCUGAUCUUCUUCAUUUGAUUUUAAUAUCUGAACGAGGACCUGAGUAUCAUCCACCAGGGACGUGUGUAUCCACAGUGUUUGGUUUCUGACUCUCGCCUCUGUCGGUGGGAUCAUGUUUGCUGUACAUACUCUGCCUGUACGCUGUUCCUUGUAAUAUAAUAGAUGUUCUGUUCUCUUAGUCCUAUUGUAAAAUAUAGUGUUAUAUUUUCUAUAUGAAGGAGAGGAGGAGAGAUGCUGCUGUGAGUGAUGUGUGGAGCGAUAAGGUUUCAAACUGCGAGUUCAUCAGCGGUGUGCUUUUUCUUCAAGACUCUGCCGGCCGUUGAUUUGUGUGAAUUAAGAUUACCGAGGAGGAGCCCGUCACAAAGUCUCAAAGAGCUGAGUCCUGCUCACUGUCAGCCCGGUGUGGAACACAUUUUAAAGGUUUUUAACUCUUUGUGUCCCUGAAGGGGACCCCAGGUGUUUUUAAGAAGGAACAAAGCUUUAUUUUUGAUUGAGCCUCAGGUGCUCACCAAUCAAACUACAAUGUUACUGUGUUUUUCUCUACCAGCCACCUCAGCUUCUGAAUAACACGUGUAUAUAUCUGUUUUAUCUGUGGCAGGUCAACUGUAGGGUGUAGACAGACGUUUGUCUCCGUGUGGGGUAAAAAAAAGGAAGAAUUCAAACAGUCAGAUCACUGUUCAGGCUUCACGUGAGUUUCAUCCUGCUGACCGGCUCCCCAAACUCAGACCCGAGUACUCCAAGUCUCCAUCCAUCAUUCAUCGUUACAUUUCCUCGUACUCACAGGAAAGAGUGAGAAUAACUUCAGAGUGAGAGUCUACUCUUCUCUCUCAGAGGAGUCACCCCUCUUGUGUUUCUGGACCUCCAUCAUGAAGGGUGUACGACUUAGAUUAUUAAGGAAUAUUAUAAAAACGCUUCCUCUCUUUGAGUUUGAGUUAAGACAGCUCUAACAAAUCUCUCAUGUUUGAUUCUCUGAUUUCAAAACCACCUGAUUUUUAAGAAACCCCAGUGACAACAAAAACAGAAGCAGCCCGCUCAGGUCAACCAACAACAUUUCAAGUGUGACGACAAAAUGAGUCAGCCUUCAACCAAGUUACAAACUCACUUUUCUUCUCUUCUUUUUUUAACCUUGAACCUCUCCAGACACACACGAGUUACAUUUCACUGCUUUUUUUUAUUCCUUUGUUUUUUUAUUAUCAUGUCUCAGUUUGAAGCGUCACAUAGGAAACCGUCUUUAGAGUCACACUGAUCAAGUUAAAGUGUAUAUUCACAUUUAUGGACGAUGCAUCUGCUGCUGACAGAAAAAUAAAAUGCCCGAACUGUUUAAAAUGUGGACAAAAAAGUGAAAAUGAAGCUGUACAUAAAGAGAACUGUCAGAAGAGACGGCGUUUAUUUUUUCUACUUUCAUUCCUUUUUUCAAAUUUGAUGAAUUGUGAGCUUGUAGUGAGUCGGACACUGUGUUUGCUGCCUGUAUGUACAAACUGUAAAUGAUCGACCACACAGUCAGACCUUUUCUGUAGCCAAGUAAUUAGAUUGUGAUCUGACAGUUAUCCACACAGACUAUAGAAACAUGAUAAUCACUCUGUAAUGCUAGUUUGAGUAUAAAUCGUUUCAGUCCUUAGAAAACCGCCGGUUGAUUCUGACUCUGCUCUCACCCAGAACGACAAUGUGGGUUUUCGUGGCAUUAACUGAAACCGCUGGAUGUUACCGCCGGCGUCUUUCAGGUACUUUCCGUCAAUGAUCAGGUUUCAUACGACUCCUUUAUAAAACAAUCAGACUCAUUAGAUAAGGAGUCUCUCAGCUGGAAAAUCCCUUCAGUGCUGAGCUGCAGGGCCGACGUGUUGAUCAUCAAAGUAAUGAUUCAUUUCUGAGCUCCACUAAAAGUCUCAAUCUGAACUCUACUCUUUUCAGAUCCACCCUGUUUCACUCACACACUCGGUUUUUAUCAGAGGAAUCUGUCUUUUGAGAAACUCUCUUUAGUGUUACAUGAGCCCCACAUGUGUAGCUGUAAAGGAAGAUUCAUGUGUUCAUGGCAGCAGCCUGAAAGCAUCCCCUGCAGCUGAUGAGCAUCAAUCUUUGCAGAUUCUGUUGGUUUCUAAUGUUUAAACUCUGGAUUCAAACAGACCACUGGACGUGAGUGUGGCUCCUCUCAUUUCUCUGUUGUACUGUUACUGUAGUAUCGCUGUAACAAAUGUUUUCUAAGUUAUUAAACCGACAUCCCAGGCAUCUCCUCAAAA